GUUUUCACAGGCCAGAUUAAAAGGAAAAAAAAAAACUCAGCGGUAACCACUUGACGGUGGGAUCCUCACAUUGCUUCAUUAUGCAUACAAUUUUGUAGAUGAGAGCGGUAACCAUGCGUAGAACAUUAAGGGUCAUAGAGAGGUAGAGUACGUACAUAACAAUUAUUGCCAGGAGAUUAUGUGGAACAUAUCAUUUCCUAAACCGUCAGGAUAAGCUGUUAGAAAACGCACCAACAACUCUGAGUGCAGAUACCACCAUGACAACUACAAAGGGGAACUUGAAAGUUUCCAUAAAAAUAUAUUCUGGUCUUCCUGAUCCAGAGUGGCAAGUUGUUCCUUCAGAUCCCAACUACAACAAAAUUGAAGAGCUUCUUAACACUGCAAGAGCUGGAGGGUUUGUUCUGAAUCCCUUUAAGGACAUGCCAGCACGACUUGGCUUCAAAGGAUUCACAAUACAGGACACAACCAAAGGGAUCAAAGAUCUGGAAUAUAUUUUUGGUCCACACACAGCAAUGCUUCAACAGUUGUUACUUAAAAGUAUGCCAAGUGAAUUGCUCCCUGGUAAGAUAAGAGAGGAUCUCUCAGAGAAGAUUAGGAAAGAAGAUUUGAGUGCAGGUGUAGAUCAACAAGAAGCAACAUCAAGUGACUCACCAACAGCAACAUGCAAGGAGUCUGGAAACUUGAAAAUCACCUUGUUAGUUUUUUCUGGUCGUCCUGAUCCACAGUGGGAGGUACUUCCAACAGACCCAAACCAUGACAGAAUCAAACAGUUGCUUGACUCUGCAAGAGAUCAAGGCUUUAUAUACCCUAUCAGAAAAAUGCAAUCCCGACUUGGCUUCAGAGGAUUUCUAAUACAGAACACAGCCAAAAAGAACAAAGACCCAGAAUUGAUUGUAGGACCAGACACAGUACAAUUACAGCAGAUACUACUUCAAAGCCUGCCUGAGGGAACUUUCUCUGAAGACUUUCGCAAGAAAAUUUCAGAAGAGAUUAAGCUUACUCCUUCUCCUUAAGUGUAUGCUCAACUGUUCUCGCUUGUGAACCAGUUUUGAGCUUCCUUAUACAUUUAAAAUUUCUCAAUAUUCUUAACUGAAAGACUGUCUACAACAUACUUAAUUGUACUUGUACAUGUAAAUGGUCUAUCUAACAAACUGGAAAUGAUGAAAACAAUUUAUAUGAAUAAUCAUAAAUUAAUCAUUGUCAGAUGUUAUAAUGAUACAAUUUAGUUCAAAUAGUUAAAACUAGAGAAAAAAAUAACAAGAGAAAUUCUUUGAUCACAACAAUUACACACUAAACAAAGCUAAUACAGCUUUAUUUUUAGAGUUUCACAACAAUGCACAAUGUAACAAUCUGGUCAAUAUGAUGGAAAAACUGAAUUAUGAAAUUUACAAUACUUUAUCAAAUAAUAUUUUUUCAAAAUUAUAUUAUCAAAAUUAUAUAGUCAUAUUUCUAAUCAAAAUUAUAAUAUUCAGCAGUUUCCCUUUAGGGAAAAGCAACAGUGAGACGAACUUUCAAAAACAACUUUUAAUUUACCUCAGCAGGUGAUUUUGAAAUAAAUUGAUAAGUAACAACCUUCAUAAGGCCUACUUGGCACUUAAAAUUCAUAGAACUUUGUGUAAUUCUUUUCAUUUUUAAUUUUUUUUUUCAUAUUUGCCAAUAAAUAUAUAUUGUCAAGGACAAAUUUAUGAAGGCAGAGCUGAAUCCCUGAGUUCAUGACAUGCCCACAUGAAACCAGUUUUAUCUACAACAAAAUUGGAUUCACCCCUUACAUGUACAGACCAGUCUAAAUUCAUAAAACCUAGUUUAAGAACAAAAGGAAACUAGUUGAUUAAAAAAUAAAACAAGUUAUGCAACCCAAUGCACAGGUCCACUAUUAGAAUCCUAAAUGGGACCCUUUGUGUUUAUAUGGAAUUUUUAUAGAUAAUUUUCAAUGCUGUCACUUAAUUGACAAGGAACAGCAAAACAAACUUUGAAACAACAACACACAUUGACAGGUGAUUUUGAAAUUAUUCAUUACAUAGGAAACUUAGUCCUAUAUAUUCACUUAAAAUUUGUUAAACUUCAAAUUUGCUGAUUAAUGGACAAUGUCUGGGGAAAACAUUUAAAGGCCUAGUUGAACUUCCAAGUUCAUGAUGUGCAAUCAUGAGGUCUGUCUCACUCACACUAAAGUGGAUAAACUACUCGGAUACAUGGCCUAAAAUUUGCUAUCUAGAAUAACAACCACUGAAGACUAGUUAAUAAAUGAGGUAACAAUGCAA